AUCGCAGUUCUCGCAUCAACGCCAUCGCCGCGCUGGUAAGGCCGGCAUUCUUGGUUUGAGCCCUUGCAGGCUGCACAAGGGCUGGCAGCAUGGCGCAAAACAAAAAGAAGAGCAAAGCCAAAGGGAAGGGCAAGCCGCCAGUAAAGAAAGCAGGCAAAGCUGCGAAAAAAUCGAGCGCGACCGCGACCGCCGCCGCCGCCGUCGCCGCCGCACCGGGAAUCGUCGAAGCGGGCGCGCUGGCCGCGCCGGGCGACGUGUUAGGGUCUACUGCGACCCACAAGUGCGGCCCGGGCACCUUCGCGCGGGAUGGUACAAUUGUCGCGUCGCUGGCCGGCACCGUGCAAAUCAACGACGACGUUAUCGAGACCAUUAGGGAAGGCCGCCGCCCCGCCAUCGCCGUGGGCGUUGAGGUGAUCGGCGUCGUGACGCGGACGAACCGGACGAACGCGCUGCUGGACCUCGUCGCGGCUGGUGGGGCGGCGCUCGACUUCCCGGCCAGGGCAACAUUAAGAAGGGAGGACGCGCUGCCGCCGGGCCGGGACGCGUCGAACUUGGAUCUGACGGCGCAGUUCGCGGGGCGCGACCUCGUUCGGGCGGUCGUGGUGGCCGUCGACGACGCCGCGCGGUACCACGUGUCCGUCGCGCCGGAGGGCAUGGGGCUCGUGCGGAGUGCGUAA